AUGGCUCUCAAAAUGAAAGAAAAUUAUCAAAAAACUGCAACAGCUGCAGCAAAGCAACAGGCUGCUUCACCGGCAAAUGUUUAUCUAAACAGAGCUGGUACAGCAGUAACAUUGACUAAUGAACCAAUUACAAUGAAUAACAGACAAAAAAACCAAGGCAAAUUACCCAAAGAUUGUGAAGCUGUAGAAAGUAUUAAGGGUAGAUUUUCAUGGGAAACUAUUGGUGAACACCGUGUACCCUACAUCAUUAGAGUAAUCAAUGGUGAAGAGUUAAAGUUUGUAUCUGCACGUAUGGCAGAAACACAGCUACUCAACAUCUAUUUAGGUUAUUUACAUGCAGAUAUUUAUACAUCAUGCACUAAUGUAAGGAGCCUUUUAAUCACUAAACCUGAAGCAAAAUUACUAAACGAUAUCAACGAAAAACAUGCCGACUGUAUGUACGGGAAAAAAGAUUUUUUGGCAGGAAACGAUUGUAUUGUGAGUUUAGAAGAUGUUCGUGAAUUUUAUACGUUCAUAGAAGUAUGUUAUAAAAAAAUAAUGUGCGAUAUUACUCCAGGCCACAGAGAGAAAUGUGGUUUUAUUCGAAUUAACUCUGUUUCUGUUGUACCAUAUUGCAUUAAAGAUAACCAAAAAUAUGUCCCGCUUUUCUACUUUGAAGGCGUAUCAGAAAACCUAAGACAACAAUCUUUAAAAUUAGAAAAUUGGGACUUAGCCUACCUCAAGUUUGGUUUCAAAGUUCAUGGUAUCAUAAAGGAGUUGUUUGCCAGUGACUCUUGCGCAGUGGCCAGUCUUGAUGAAAUAAAAAAUAUUUUUCCACCGGAAACUAAUUUUGAGGAAUAUUAUCCAGCUAAGGUUUUUUAUUCACAACUCCUAACUAUUCAGAAGUCGAAACGUGUAAAUCCACCUGGUGUCUGGAUCAGAGCACCCCCUAAAGUAGUACCUGCUAAAAAUACUGUUGCUCACACUUUAACGGCACCAGCACCUGCACGGCCUGCAAACCAAAUAUUUUUAUUGAAUUUUCAGGGUUCAACGAUGUCUCAAGGCAGCAGUUUGGUAAACAGUGUGGUUAAUGUUGUACCACCACCGCCUUUAGUCUGUGCAAGCAAUACGACACUAAUAAUUGGUAAUACCAUAUCAAACUCCAACGUUGUACCUAUCAGCCAAAUGAGACAAACUCAGCAGUCAUAUAGUGGCCAAUCUGUGCAUGAUCGCUUAACCAACACACAACAGCGCAAAGCAUUAAGGAAUGCUGCGCCUGUUGCAAUUGCUCCACCCUCAGAAAUCAUUGACUUAACGUCCCCAUCAUCCAGCUCUAUUCCUCCAACUGUGCAGGAGAAUUCUCUUCGUCCUAUUAUUAGAUGGCAAAUGAUGGGAAUACCGGAACGAAUGGGUCGGGAGCAUGGCACACUUAAUAAUGUUGCAUACAAGAUCCAAAAGUCAACACUUCAAGGGAGAGCGAUCCAUUGCAUAAACGCAAAACCAUACAUUCAUAAUAAGGAUCUGUUGGUGACAUUAAAGGAUUUUGUCCAGAUGGUGUUGCCUUCAUGCACAGUCGAGAAAUGCGCUUUCGUCUUAAACAAAUACUUGAAAACGACAAUAUUCAGUGGAAAUUCCGAGCAGUUGGCCGUGUUGAAGAGAAAUGGACGAAUCAGGCAGAUUUACCCGGCUGCUGCAACACCCAUGGCCAGGCUACACGAUGUCACUCGUGCUUUGCCGCAAUUUAAGGCAUUUGUGUCAAAGCUAGAUAAACAAAGAGAACAAUACCAAGCUGGUGCUGCGGGUGGUCCGGCCAAAAGACGACGCACCAGGUAG